AUGAGGUUGAUGCUGCUGUGCUGCACUUGGAGGGACGAGCCCAUGGGAGAGGACGAAGGAAGUGACCUGCCAAUAUGUGCCAGCUGCAGCCACAGCAUCUACGACGGUCAGUACUUGCAAGCCCUGAACGCCGACUGGCAUGCCACCUGUUUCAGGUGCUGCGAAUGUGGGGCUUUGCUUUCCCAUCAGUACUACGAGAAGGAUGGUCGUCUCUACUGCAAGAAGGAUUACUGGGCCCACUUUGGGGAACUGUGCCACGGCUGUUCGGAGCAGAUCACCAAAGGGCUGGUCAUGGUGGCCGGGGAGCAAAAAUACCACCCUGAGUGCUUCAGCUGCCUGAACUGCCAGGUGUUCAUCGGUGAUGGAGAUACCUACGCGCUGGUGGAACGAUCCAAGCUUUACUGUGGGCACUGUUAUUACCAGAUGGUGGUGACACCUGUGAUGGAUCAGCUGCUUCCAGAAUCUCCUGGCACCCGGAUUCCACACACUGUCACCCUGGUGUCUAUCCCAGCAUGUUCCGAAGGCAAGCGGGGUUUCUCCGUCUCCAUUGACAAGCAUGGAGGUUCUGAGCACCCACAUACUGUGCGCGUUCGCGAAUUAAACCCAGACUGCAUAAGCCCUGAUAUGAAGAACUCCAUCCAUGUUGGUGACCGCAUCCUGGAAAUCAAUGGCACACCAAUCCGUCAUGUCCCUCUAGAUGAGAUCGAUCUUCUGAUCCAAGAGACCAGCCGCCUGCUGCAGCUCACCAUCGAACAUGACCCUCAUGAGAUGAUUGAAAGCAGCCCCCUCUCAGAGCUGCGCAGUCCCCUCCAUUCACCCAACCAUACACCAUGCCCAGACCCUUCAGCCAUUCGCCAACGCUCUGUCAUGAGGAGCUGCAGCAUUGAUAAGUCGCCUUGUUCCAGUUCUCUGGGCUCCCCCUCCUCCCAGAGGAAAGACAUUGGUCGCUCGGAAUCGCUGCGUGUUGUCUCCCGUCCUCAUCGUAUCUUCCGCCCCUCAGAUCUCAUUCAUGGCGAGGUGUUGGGCAAGGGCUGUUUUGGGCAGGCCAUUAAGGUGACACACCGGGAGACUGGAGAAGUGAUGGUCAUGAAGGAACUUAUCCGUUUUGAUGAGGAGACCCAAAGAACAUUUCUUAAAGAGGUGAAGGUAAUGCGCUGCCUGGAACAUCCCAACGUGCUGAGGUUCAUUGGAGUCCUCUACAAAGACAAGAGACUGAACUUCAUCACAGAGUACAUCAAGGGAGGCACACUUCGUGGGAUCAUUAAGAGCAUGGACAGUCAGUAUCCCUGGAGCCAGCGGGUCAGUUUUGCAAAAGACAUUGCUUCAGGGAUGGCUUAUCUCCAUUCCAUGAACAUCAUUCACAGGGACCUCAAUACACACAACUGCCUUGUGCGAGAAAACAAAAGUGUGGUGGUGGCUGAUUUUGGCCUUGCUCGGCUGAUGGUGGAUGAGAAGAACCAGCUGGCAAACCUGAAGAAGCCUGACCGCAGGAAACGGUACACGGUGGUUGGCAAUCCUUACUGGAUGGCUCCCGAGAUGAUCAAUGGGAGAAGUUAUGAUGAGAAAGUGGAUGUCUUCUCCUUUGGCAUCAUCCUUUGUGAGAUCAUCGGAAGAGUCAGUGCUGACCCCGACUACCUGCCUCGAACCUUUGAUUUUGGCCUCAACGUGCGGGGCUUCCUGGACCGCUACUGCCCUCCCAGUUGUCCUCCCAGCUUCUUCCCCAUUGCUGUUUGUUGUUGCGAUUUGGAUCCUGAGAAACGGCCUUCCUUCAGCCGGUUAGAGCAGUGGCUGGAAGCUCUCCGCAUGCACCUGGCUAUGCAACUUCCCCUGAGUUCACAGCUGGAGCAGCUGGACCGGGCCUUCUGGGAGACGCACCGGCGAGCUGAGAGUGGACUGUGUGCACAUGCUGAAGUGUCUGAAUGAGUACAGCAGGGGCAGGCAAGCAGCCCCAAGCCAAGCCUGCAUGUCUCCGUAUGAGCUGGGCUGAAGAAAAGCUUCUCCUGCUGAGCCCUGCCACCAGCUGCACGCAGCUCGCCAGCUAGAGCUGGUUGUCGAACCACUGGGAGCUGGUUCUCCCUGCUUCCUUCCUUGGGGGAUGAGUUCUGUGCCUGGCUUGCGCAGAAAUCGUCUGGGCAGCUGGGCUCCUGUAAAUACUCCUUGUGAAUAGGUCCUUCUCCUCAUGUGCAUCCUGCAAAGUGGAGGAGAAGUGAGGGGUCCUUGACUUUCUCCUUGUAUGCUUUGUGGUUGCGAAAAGCUUUGCACGCCCCACUGAGCACGAAAGCUUCCGCCAUCAGCUGGCAUUAAGGUGGGGGCUCCUUCCCUGUCCCCCAAAUACACCUCUACAGAUCCUCUUUAAACCUUUGUCCUAUAAAGUGGUGCCUUGGGUUGAUGUGAACUUGCACACUUGGACUCUCGAGCCCCACUUCGUUGUUCUGUGAAUAGGCCACGGGAGUCUAUGCAUGUGCUUCACCUUCGUGCUCCUGGGAAGUUGCAAGACUGAGAGAUCUGUGCAGAAGUUUGGUCUGUGGGCUCCCUGGAGCCAGUGUCUGACUACAUUCACACAACAUCUUUAGCCCAGUCAGCUAAAGAUUUAGUGGCUGUAUUUGCACAACAUACUGAGCUUACUGUUACUGUUAACCUUGGUUAGUAUUUUAUGUUUUAUAUAGCUUAGCAUGUUAUGCAAACCCAGCCUAUUUGGCUAAUUUGAGAUUGAUAUAUUGUGAAAAUCCCCCCCCCCCACAAAAUGGCACAAUUCAGUAACCAGGUGAAAUGUGUUACAUGAAUGCAGCUCUGUCAGUGCCCACUUGUGUGCGCUGUGUGCAUGUUUCACUGUGUGCACACCUUAGCUUCUCCCUUCCUUCCUUCUGUUGCAAACAUGUUUGGCAAAAGUACAUAAACUCCAAGGCUGCUUUUUCUGGUGAAAAACUAUUUCCUAAGCAGGCAGUUUGCCCCAGAGAGAAACUAUAAGGUGGAGCUGAAACCUUCUCCUCUUACCCCUUCUCUGCUCCAAAUUACCAUUCCUUUUGAACUGCUUGCCCACUGCUGGAGAGGCAAAGGUGUGUCAACGUUUUGUUGCAAGAUUUAGUGUGUGUGUGUUUGUGGGUGUGCACAUGCGUACUCCCAUGUGCUGUUAGGCCCUCGAAAAGGCAGUCUGGAUUUCUAGAAGGAGAGAGGAGGAAACAACUCAGUCACCCUUUUAAAGGGAGAUCUUCUUGCAUAGUUUGAAAAUCUAGCCAACUCUCUCCAGGUUCAGGGUAGAACUACAGGAUGUGCACUAACCCCAGCCUUCCUCAGCCUGGCGUCCUGCAGAUUUGUUUUCAACUCCCAGAACUCUUCAAGCAACGUGGCCUUCAGAACCGUACAACUUCCAGAAUUCUUAGCCAGGGGUCUGGAGGCCAGGCUGCUUGGGGAAUUCUGGAGUUGCAGUCUCAACCCAUCUGGAGAGUAUUAGAUUGGAGAAGGCUGAGCUAAUCUAUGCACCAGGAUCAGCAACAAAAAUAAGCAUUAUUGGAGCCUUACCUGGGAAUGGGCAGCAGGUACUUUCCAUCUGUGUGAUCAGCAUGGUAGAAAGGAGCCUUCAGAAGGGAGACCAGCUAAGUGCAUCUUGCCCAAGGAUCCUCACAAUGCAGAGACUAAUUUUUGACUUACCCUUGUGGGUUGUGGGGCUACGUGACUAAAUGACCUCUUGUGCCAAAAAACCCACCCCUGCAUAUUAAAACUCUCUAUGUUAGAAGCAAGAGAGUAGACCCAACGUUUUCCUUACCUUGCAAGCUUUUUGUGGACAGUGAUGUGAAGCAGCCAUUCAGAUCUGCUACUUGAAAAAAGGCAAGUUCCUAUAUUGUUCAAUUUAGGAGGAGGAGAUUAGCUUGAUGGUCUGUUAAUUUCCCAAAGAAGGGGAAGAAUGGAGCUUUUUCAGUUGCUGAGAGUGCAUUCAUAAGAACCUGAACCAUGGAAGACUUCCUGGGUUUGCAGUGCUAACGGUGUGAGUGGCCAAUGGGAAAAACAGACCAUUCCACCACCACCACCCCCGGCAUUCCAGCACCCAGGACAAACAUUGGUUGUACAACCUAAGUACAAGAGGGUCAGGCAGGAAGGCUUGAGGGAGUUUAGCCAUGCCAGCUAGGAAAUCCCUGGGGACAACCUACCUCUGAUUAUUAGUGCUGGUAAGAAACGUCAGGACUACCCACAGUUUCUGCACUUCUCUAGAGGUAUCUGGCCAGCUGCUGAAGGAGACAACAUGGAUCUUCUUAAACUCUUACUAAUGCGCUCCUGUUCUUUUCAGGGAAACGCCAGCAUCUUUUUUCUUUUUCUUUUUAAAUGAAGGCCAGUUUUCAUGUUAUAGGGUGGGUUGUUUUUUUUUUUUU